AUGAAGAUUGACAAGGAAAUCUCUCACCCCAUCCACCUACAACACAAGCUCAAGAUUGAAUACACAGAGAUCCCAUUCUACUGUGAUGGGUGCAAAGAACCUGGCAUUGGCCUCAAAUACAAGUGUCAGAAAUGUGAGUUUGACUUGCACAAGGCAUGUGCUGUGGCUGCUCCCAACAUCCACCAUCCCUUCUACAACAAAUGUGAGUUUCAGUUUCUUUACAACCCGCCUGGCGCUGCUAGGAGAGUGUGUGAUGCAUGUAGGAAGGAUGUUUUGGGGUUUGUGUACCACUGCUGGAAAUGUGAUUUUGAUCUGCACCCUUGUUGUGCAAACCUCCCACAAGUCCUAGAUGAUGGGGAGCACAACCUUUACUUGUGCCUCAAGUUAUCUAGUCCUUGUCAUAGGUGUGGAGGCAAGGGGCCUGGUUGGUCUUACAGGUCUGAUUGCAAGACCUAUAACCUUCAUGUGUCAUGUGUGAAGGAGUUGCUUGUGGAGAGCUGGCAAGCCAUGUAUCUCAAUGUGGACAAGAACAAAGUUAGGGAAAUGCAGACUAGAAUCCCAAGCCUUAAGGGAACACUGAAAAACCAUCAUGGAGGGAGAGGAGGAGGAGGAGGAAAGGUCAGAAAGUGUUGCCAGAUUGCUGGUGGUGCCGUUCGUGUUAUUGUCUCUGCAAUCCUGGGAGAUCCUACUGCUCUUAUAGGCGCGGUUAUCGGCGGUUUCAUAUCCAAGUAG